GCUCAGAAGGCAGCGUCUGGGGCGUCUCCACUAUGGCCUGGGCUCUGCUCCUUGUCACCCUCCUCACUCAGGACACGGGGUCCUGGGCCCAGUCUGGCCUGACUCAGCCUCCCUCAGUGUCCGGGAAUCCGGGACAGACGGUCACCAUCUCUUGUGCUGGAACCAGCAAUGACAUCGGGGGUUAUAACCGUGUCGGCUGGUACCAACAGCUCCCAGGCAUGGCCCCCAAAACCCUGAUUUAUGAUGUCAAUAAACGGCCCUCAGGGAUCCCUGAUCGCUUCUCUGGCUCCAAGUCUGGCAACACGGCCUCCCUGACCAUCUCUGGGCUCCAGGCUGAGGACGAGGCCGAUUAUUACUGUAGUUCAUAUAGAAGUGGUUACAGUGUACACAGUGGUCCAAGUUCAUUGGGAAGGUCCUGGGCCCAGUCUGGCCUGUCUCAGCCUCCCUCAGUGUCCGGGAAUCCGGGACAGACGGUCACCAUCUCUUGUGCUGGAACCAGCAAUGACAUAGGGAAAUAUAACGCAGUCGGCUGGUACCAACAGCUCCCAGGCAUGGCCCCCAAAACCCUGAUUUAUGAGGUGAAUAAACGGCCCUCAGGGAUCCCUGAUCGCUUCUCUGGCUCCAAGUCUGGCAACACGGCCUCCCUGACCAUCUCUGGGCUCCAGGCUGAGGACGAGGCCGAUUAUUACUGUAGCUCCGCUAGAAGUGGGUCCUGGGCCCAGUCUGGCCUGACUCAGCCUCCCUCAGUGUCCGGGAAUCCGGGACAGACGGUCACCAUCUCUUGUGCUGGAACCAGCAGUGACAUAGGGUACUAUAACGGCGUCGGCUGGUACCAACAGCUCCCAGGAACGGCCCCCAAAACCCUGAUUUAUGAGGUGAAUAAACGGCCCUCAGGGAUCCCUGAUCGCUUCUCUGGCUCCAAGUCUGGCAACACGGCCUCCCUGACCAUCUCUGGGCUCCAGGCUGAGGACGAGGCCGAUUAUUACUCUCCCCUGUGGUGCCGGGAGGAGACGGGAUGCAAUCUCUACGUCACCCCAGCCCCUCGGGCCCCUGUCCUCACCUUCUACCCGCAAAACCCAAAGAGUGGUUAUCGGGAUUAUUGGCCAACGACAUCUUGA